CUGUUUUCCUUUGAUAACCAAGUCAGCUUUCACACUAUCAGGAGAAUUCAAAUAUUCCAGUGCCUUUUCCGCCCACUCAUAGCUCCAUUCCAGAUUGUCGCUGUACAACAUGUUGAGAGUCUCAAAGGUAUCCUUCGCUUCUUCCGGUAGAAGGUCACCUGAGAACAAAUAA